CAGCGAAGAGCAUCAUCGAGAAGAGCUCCCCUAAAACAGAAAAACACAGACUGUCCAUCAUGACUCUGAGGGUUUUUGUCGUCCUGCUCUUGUUUGUUGCAUCUGCCAGUGCACAAACUACAGCUCCAUCAGCAACUACAGCUCCAUCGGCAACCACAGCUCCAUCAGCAGGAGCAACCACAGCUCCAUCAGCAGGUGCAACCACAGCUCCAUCAGCAGGUGCAACUACAGCUCCAUCAGCAGGAGCAACAACAGCUCCAUCAGCAGGUGCAACCACAGCUCCAUCAGCAGGAGCAACUACAGCUCCAUCAGCAGGAGCAACAACAGCUCCAUCAGCAGGUGCAACCACAGCUCCAUCAGCAGGAGCAACUACAGCUCCAUCAGCAGGUGCAACUACAGCUCCAUCAGCAGGUGCAACCACAGCUCCAUCAGCAGGAGCAACUACAGCUCCAUCAGCAGGUGCAACUACAGCUCCAUCAGCAGGAGCAACCACAGCUCCAUCAGCAGGUGCAACUACAGCUCCAUCAGCAGGAGCAACUACAGCUCCAUCAGCAGGUGCAACUACACCUCCAUCAGCAGGAGCAACCACAGCUCCAUCAGCAGGUGCAACCACAGCUCCAUCAGCAGGAGCAACCACAGCUCCAUCAGCAGGUGCAACCACAGCUCCAUCAGCAGGUGCAACCACAGCUCCAUCAGCAGGAGCAACCACAGCUCCAUCAGCAGGUGCAACUACAGCUCCAUCAGCAGGAGCAACCACAGCUCCAUCAGCAGGUGCAACUACAGCUCCAUCAGCAGGAGCAACCACAGCUCCAUCAGCAGGUGCAACCACAGCUCCAUCAGCAGGUGCAACUACAGCUCCAUCAGCAGGAGCAACCACAGCUCCAUCAGCAGGUGCAACUACAGCUCCAUCAGCAGGAGCAACCACAGCUCCAUCAGCAGGUGCAACCACAGCUCCAUCAGCAGGUGCAACCACAGCUCCAUCAGCAGGAGCAACCACAGCUCCAUCAGCAGGAGCAACCACAGCUCCAUCAGCAGGUGCAACCACCGCAGCCUCUUCUUGCGCCUCCCUCAGUUUAGUUGCAGUGGUUGCGGUUGCGUUGACACAUGUACUUUACACAUGUUGCUGA